AUGCAGCGGCUCGGGGGCACCCUGCUGUGCCUGCUGCUGGCGGUGGCGGUCCCCACGGCCCCCGCGCCCGCCCCGACGGCGACCUCGGCUCCCAUCCAGCCCGGCCCGGCUCUCAGCUACCCGCAGGAGGAGGCCACCCUCAACGAGAUGUUCCGCGAGGUGGAGGAGCUGAUGGAGGACACGCAGCACAAACUGCGCAGCGCGGUGGAGGAGAUGGAAGCAGAAGAAGCUGCUGCUAAAACGUCGUCAGAAGUGAACCUGGCAAACUUACCUCCCAGCUUUCACAAUGAGACCAACACAGACACCAAGAUUGGAAAUAAUACCAUCCAUGUGCACCGGGAAAUUCACAAGAUAACCAACAACCAGACUGGACAGACGGUCUUUUCAGAGAUGGUAAUUACAUCUGUAGGGGAUGAAGAUGGCAAAAGGAGCCACGAGUGCAUCAUUGAUGAGGACUGCGGGCCCGGCAAGUACUGCCAGUUUGCCAGCUUCCAGUACACCUGCCAGCCAUGCCGGGACCAGCAGACGCUCUGCACCCGGGACAGUGAGUGCUGUGAAGACCAGCUCUGUGUCUGGGGUCACUGUACCAAAACAGCCAACAGAGGCGGCAACGGAACCAUCUGCGACAACCAGAGGGACUGCAAGCCUGGGCUGUGCUGUGCCUUCCAGAGAGGCCUGCUGUUCCCUGUGUGCACACCCUUGCCCGUGGAGGGCGAACUCUGCCAUGACCCUGCCAGCCGCCUUCUGGACCUCAUCACCUGGGAGCUGGAGCCUGAUGGAGCUCUGGACAGAUGCCCCUGUGCCAGUGGCCUCCUCUGCCAGCCCCACAGCCACAGCCUGGUGUAUGUGUGCAAACCGGCUUUUGUUGGAGGCCGUGACCAAGACGGGGAGAGCCUGCUGCCCAGAGAGGCCCCUGACACCUACAUGGACGGCGGCUUCAUGGAGGAGGUGCGCCAGGAGCUGGAGAACCUGGAGAGGAGCCUGGCCGAGGAGCUGGCGCUUGGGGAGCCCAUCGCCACCGCUGAGCUGCUGGGAGGGGACGAGAUUUAGAUCCAGACCUGUGUGCGGGUAGAUGUGCAAUAGAAAGAGCUAAUUUAUUUCCCAGGUGUUCCUCUAGGUGUGCACUGCCCAGGCUUUUGUCCAUGUCCUCUCCCCAGUAAAUUCCCCCUCUGGCAUGACAAAGCGAGGUGCUGUGCAUUUGUCCGACUGCCCCCCGCUGCACUCCACAGGUCACAGUUGUGGGGCUUGGGAAGACAGGGUGUUUGUGGAUGGGGAGGGUGGGACCGAGUUGCUAAGCUUGGUCCAAGUCACUGGCCUCUUUGCCCCUGCUGGUUGGCAGCUGGUACAUCUUGUUCUACAUCGUUUUGAGAAUUGUUUGAGGGGAGGGAAUGGGAAAGGAUGUGGAGACUGCCAUGGUGGAGACUUGGAGAAAUGUGAAGAGUGCCCUGCUUUGCAAACAUCAACCUGGCAAAAAUGCAGCAAAUGAGUUUUUCAUGCAGUUCUUUCCACAGGCACAGGCAAGCUGUGCCUUCAGCUGCUGCAGAUGAAAUGUUCUGGUCAUCCGCGUUACGUGAGUUCACCCAUUUAGCGGUGUGCUCAGCUCCUACCUCUGUGCCGGGGCAGCAUCUUUCUAUCCGUGAUCUAUUCACUUCCUCACCACAGCCUAGCAGGGGGGUGUUGUUCUCCUUGUCUGUCCAGGAUCUAGAGUUUCAGAGACUGCAAGCUACUUGCCCAAGUCACACGGCUAGUGAAGACCAGAGCAGGUUUUACCCAGUGUGACUCCAAGCCCAGUGCUUUCCUCACUACCCCACACCAGCCCCACCAGUGCCACCAAAAGUACCUCCCAAAAGGAGUGUGAAUGGGAUUUUUCUUCUUUUGAGGUAUAUCUGGAAUUAAGGUCAGACUAGCUCCAUUGUCUCUCCGAGAUUAAACUUCUACUGGUAGAAAUAGCAGUGUCCUCACCAGUGUGGGGUGGCCAGUAUUCUAGUGGAGACAAAUGGUAGUGACACUGUCCCCCUUUGGCAGUUGCAUUAGUAACUUUGAAGGUACAUGAUUGGAGCAUAGUAUAGAAGUUAACUUGCAGAAACAGCACCUAGGUACUUGUAGGGCCAGGAUUAUAAAUGAAAUUUGCAAAAUCACUUAGCAGCAACUAAAGACCAUUAUCAACCACAUGGAGAAAAUCAAAGCAAGCAGGGCUCUAUGAAAUAUGGUUGUAAUAUCCAAACUGAGAAGACUGAACUGUAUGCCGUUCCACAAAUGAUAUUUUCAGGUGCCAUGGACUGUUUCCAUUGUGAAUCUAGAGUUAUUAAAUUUUAAAGUUGCA